AAAAUUUGAAGAUGGCAAGCAAUAAGCACAGAGACCAAAGUGCACUGGCCUGUUGAAGUCAUAUUUUAACAAUCCAAAGCCCAAAACUAGCUAUAAAUAAACAAGUCACAACCUUCUUUUGAACCAUAAAUACUUUCUUGUUACUUGAUCUGCUUCAACAUUUUUCCGUUUUCCUUGAAUCAGUAUGGCAGAUGAAGUGGUUCUGUUGGAUUUCUGGCCAAGUCCAUUUGGGAUGAGACUGAGAAUUGCACUUUCUGAAAAGGGUAUAGAGUAUGAGUACAGACAAGAGAAUUUGAGGAACAAGAGUUCUUUACUCCUUCAAAUGAACCCGGUUCACAAGAAAAUCCCUGUUCUCAUCCACCAUGGCAAGCCCAUUUGUGAAUCUCUCAUUGCUGUUCAGUACAUUGAUGAGGUUUGGAAUCACACAAAUCCCUUUUUGCCUUCUGACCCUUACCUGAAAGCUCAGGCUUUAUUCUGGUCUGAUUAUGCUGACAAGAAGAUAUUUGAUGUUGGAAGGAAGAUUUGGACAUCAAAAGGAGAGGAAAAAGAAGGUGCCAAGAAGGAGUUGAUAGAAGCCCUUAAAUUGUUGGAGGAAGAGCUGGGAGACAAGACUUAUUUUGGAGGAGACAACCUUGGUUUUGUGGAUGUAGCACUUGUCCCAUUCUACACUUGGUUCAAGGGCUAUGAGACUUUUGGCUCCUUUAGCAUAGAGAGUGAAUGCCCCAAGUUUAUUGCUUGGGCCAAGAGGUGCCUCCAAAGGGAGAGUGUUGCCAAGUCUCUUCCUGAUCAACAUAAGGUCUAUGAGUUCAUUGUGGAGCUAAGAAAGAAGUUAGGCAUUGAGUAAGUUCAAACUUGAGCUUAAAUGGCCAUGGUGAAGUAUUGGUCUUCCAUUGAUAUUCAAUAAUAUUUUAUAAAAUAAAAGUCAUUUGAAUGUGCCAAACUUCAAGUACCAUGUAGUUUAUUUAAAUUUUGCGAUGUAUUAUCUUCCAAGAGUUUAUUGGUUUUGUAAUAGAGACAAAUUGCCUUGAGUACUUGCAAGUUCCGUUGUCUCCUUCAUAACUCUUUCAAUUAAAGCUUUCAAGGGGCAAUAUUAUCUUA